UGUGGUUCAAAAUCUGGGGGGAUAACCGGAUAACAGAGAUUUUUCAAAAGCCCCACCAAAAUCUUUGAUUGACGAGAUAGAAAAUAAACCAAAAAACAGAGCCAUAACUGAACUCCUCAGCAGCUUAGCUCUCUCUCCCUCUCUAAAAUCCGUCAAAUGUUGCAGACCCAACACUUUCUCCGUUCCAAUUUCCCCAUAUUUCUCUCUCAUCCCCAAACCCACUUUCUCUCUCCUCCUCCACUCAAAUUUUUCCACAAACCCACCAAUCUCUGCCCCGUCUCAGCCCAUUCCAGACCCAGCCUCGAACAAUGGCUAGCCGAAGCUCCAGAACCGACGACCGAAACUCCAUACACACCCUUGCAAUUUGCUCCAGACGGUCCCGAAGAAUUGCCACCGUCUUCUUCUCCAGUGUUUGCCACCGAUGAUGACCCUUCAUCUCUCCAAGUGGCCACCAGUGUUCUUCUCACCGGAGCCAUCACUGUCUUCCUCUUUCGCUCGCUGCGACGCCGCGCCAAGCGUGCUAAAGAACUGAAAUUUAGGUCAUCUGAAGUGAAGAAGUCCUUGAAGGAUGAGGCUUUGGAUAGCUUGAAAGCACUUUCUACAGGUUCUGUUGAAGCAAAGGGUCCACCCUCACCUGUUCAGGCCUUGCUGGGUGGAAUAUCAGCCGGUGUCAUUGCGCUUAUUCUUUACAAGUUCACUACUACAAUUGAAGCAUCUCUCAACCGCCAAACUAUUUCUGAUAAUUUUUCGGUUCGUCAGAUUACAAUAACCAUCAGGACAAUUAUAAAUGGGUUGUGCUACCUUGCAACAUUUGUUUUCGGCAUCAAUGCUGUGGGUUUAGUCCUUUAUGCUGGUCAGCUCGCCAUCAACUCCAUCAUGGAAGGUACAAGUGAAGAAACUCAGACUCAAGGUAAGGAGCAGUCGGGCUCAUUCAAUUCAAUGGUUGAGAGCCCCGCAAAUAGUGGUGAGAACAGUGAUAGGGACGAUCAAGGUUCAGAUGGAACACAAUAGAGCAGAAACCAACUUUGACGCAAAAGCAUAGUUUUUUAUCAUUUCAACUUAUUUCAAGGUAAAUAUAUAUCUUUGAAUGAAAUCUGUGCCAUUUCUGGCCCUGUCAUUUUGUUAUGAUCAGUCUGCACUCAAUCUCCUAUUCAAUAUUAAUAUAUGUUUGUCAAAGA